UUUCGCAGAAAUGUUCUUAUUGAAUUACAUUCGGGACAUCAAGGUAUCGUUAAAUCGAAAAUGUUAGCAAGAUCAAUUGUUUGGUGGCCAGGCAUUGAUAGUGAUCUAGAACGAACAGUGAAAGAAUGUAUUUUAUGUCAGUCAUACCAUCGAAAUCCUCCCUCUACCAAUACUUUAAGAUGGCCAAUUCCUGAAGAACCUUGGAGUAGAGUGCAUAUCGACUUCGCUGGACCUUUCCUUGGAAAAAUGUUUCUAAUAGGUAUUGAUGCAAAAACUAAAUAUCCUGAAAUUCAAAUAAUGCAAUCCACAGAUUCUUCCGCUACUAUUCUGGCACUUAGAUCUUGGUUUAGUCGUCAUGGCCUUCCAUUACAUGUUCAUUCUGAUAAUGGCCCUCAAUUCACAUCUCGUGAAUUCAGAAUGUUUUUAGCACAAAACGGAAUUCGUCAGACAUUCUCUUCGCCAUAUCAUCCUGCAACUAAUGGAGCAGUUGAAGGAUUUAUCAAAACAUUAAGUCGUCCUUACAAAAAUUAAGUCGUGAAAAGGAUUUAAUGACAUCCCAUCCUCGUCGCCAGAAUUGGUGUGUAUUGUCGUCGGAAUUAGAUUAAGAAGGAUGGAAACGGAUUCUUAUGAACAAGUAUAACAAGCACGCCUUUAUUGAAUACGGAGCGGUACAGAACUGACUGCGGUGCGCAGGCGCACUAUGAACUAUAUACAUUUAGAAUUGCCAUAGAUGGCGCUGCGAUACAUAGCAAGAACCAUUUUUAUUUUUAUCAUCAUUAAAUGUUUCGUGAGGAUCGAUUCUGAAUAAAUCUAAAAAUUUUUCACAUUUGAUCCAAUUAGUAUGACAUGGAUCCAAAAGAAGAAACAAAUCCUCAAAGUCUUUAUCUUUAAUAACAUUUGGAAAAUUUAAUCCAUAACGAAUUGCCUUUUUCAAUUCUUCUCUAGUUACGACUUGGUUUCUAUUGGAAUCUACUGUCAUGUAAACAAUUUUGAGGCAUUUUACUGGAUCUUUGACUUCAUGACGUAAUUUUUCCACGACAGGAUACUUUCCCUUUUUUAUACUUUCAGUUUUUGCCACACUAUUCAAGCUCUAAGCGUUUAGCUAGAUUGGUGUGAGUGAAACGCUUGACUCUGGAAUGAAGCUUGUUGAUAAAACUUUCCUCCACUCUCUCGCAUUGGGCAAGUGAAACGUAUUCCUGUAGGCCUUUUUCAUAGGUGUCGCGUUUCAUGAGAACCAUGGUAUUGGUUUUAUCCGCCCUGACAAGAGUGAUGUUAUUUAGUUUCAUCCAUCUGACCGUAUGUCGAAGUUUGUCUCUCAGAUCUACCAGCUCCAAAGACUCCUUAGAAUUCCUGAUCUUCAGAGUGGCCAUCCAGCAAUAGUACUCCUUUUGUCUAUCCGUUAGACCCGUAAGAGGAUUUCCAGAUCAGGGAUGAGGCUCUUUGCGUCAGACUUUCGAGGGGGUAGUGCGAACGCCGGACCAAAUUUGAGGACCUCCACUACAAAGCUCGGUAGGUUCAAGUUGUCCCAUACAAUAAAUGAGAAGGACAGAUGUUUACGAGUCUUGGGGACCUGGAAUCGUAGAAUCCACUGGAAUUUUUUCUGGUAAUGCCCCUUUAGAUUGGUUGAUAGCCUCUCCUGUAUGUUGACUAUUCUGGCAUUCUCUAUUGAUAGAAUAUUAAUUUUCUAUUCAAUAAUAUUAUAUAAUAGUUAAUUCACAACACGCUCUAAUUCGCCCAUCAAACUCUGACGGGCGAACCAGUCGCACAUGCGCGACUUGACUUGGAUUGCGUGAAUCCAUUCGAACCUACAGCUCAAAUUCAAGCUUUAAACAACAUGAUCGAACGAAUUUCUACUUCUAACGGAUAUCGAACGUCUUUAUAGAAACUGAUUGGAACCUGAAGCAGAACCCAGAAGGGGUUCGAAAACGUUUGUUUACCGAUUUUUUGCGUGAUCACACCGUAAAUGGUUCAGGUGUGUAAAUUUUUUAGUAGUUCCGGUGUGAUAAAUAGUGAAUUUAUUUGAUAAAUUAUCCUUUAUACACUAUUGUACUGUUGCUGCACAGGAAAUUGUCCCUUUGCUAUGAUAUGGUAAUCGUUCCAACGCCUCCUCCUUGGCGCAAAACCUUUUUGUCAACGAGUAUAUACAGGUAUCCCUUGCUUAACGGGGAUUUGAUUAACAGCGAAAUUAAUUGCGGCAAUCCCUUUACAUACGCGGCAGAAAUUUUAAUUAACGCGGCUCUAGCAGCUGUCUUUACUUAAUAUAGAUAUUUGAUAUACGCGGUAGCAUCGAGGGAUUAAUUAACCACGUUAAUCAAAGGAUACCUGUAAUUAAAU